UUUUGGUAUUCGUAUGCGCACUUCUUUCACUCAUACACUUCCUUCUAUACCUGUGUACCAACAUAAUACAUCACCUUGGACACUGAUGACACAAUGAGGUUCUUUCUCAAUAACUAUCUCUUCAUAAAGGAUAACCCCAAAUAUCGUUGUUUAAUUCCGCCACUAGCUUAAAGAUACAGCCGAGUUGUUAUUUAACAAUGACAAUGUGUGCGAGACCUAGGAAAACUAUAAGAGGCAGAAGUAUCGCGUCGUAUGAAAAUUAAUAACGUACCACACUAACCCCCUUUACUCUUAGAAUCGAUUUAACUAUCACAAAAACAAAGAGUUUAAUUGCCGCCAUGCCUGUAACAAUUCAUAUAGUUCGCCACGCUCAAGGCCCUCAUAAUGUUUUACACGAAGCUCUUACGAUGCGCGACCCCUUUCUCACCGCAGAAGGGCUGCAGCAAUGUGCACGUGUAAAACAGACAUUUCCUUUCACCAUCGACGCUAUCCUUUCAUCGCCGCAAAGACGAGCAAUUCAAACUGGUUUAAUUUGUUUUGGUCAGUUUGUUGCUGGUGGAUUGCGGAUUGAUUUGCAUGCGGAUCUACAAGAGACUGGCAACAUUCCGUGUAAUGUUGGAGUGGACAUUCCAACACUUGAAAAAGAAUUCGGAGCCGUUAUUAAUACAGAUAAUCUUGAAGAUAAUUGGUACCGAACAGGAGCAGGGCUGUCUUCAGAUCCCGCACAUCUUAGAGCGCGCGCCCGGCAAGCGAGAAAUUACAUUCGAGAAUAUGCCUUGUCCAUGCUCCAGAGCGUAGAGGGUCAACCUGGUCACCAACCUGACAUACACAUCGCUGUUGUUACCCACUCGAUAUUUAUACCAUUUUUAACUGGUGACUUCUCCGGUGGGUUAAAUUACUUCAGAAACGCGGAAUGGAGGUCGUACACGUUCAGUGAUCUAGAAGGAACCGACAAAAAUGCUGUGCUUAUGGAAACUGACCAAAGCCUCCAACGGCGUGGAGCUACGAGGCCGUCGCUGAAUCAGAAUGUCGCAGGCCAGACCAGCAUAUCAAACCACAUACUCAACGAGGAACUUCCCUGCUCGAAGUCGAAAUUUUAAGUAAACCGAAAAGACGAAAAAAAAGGAGCAACUCGCCAGCAGGACUUGUUUCUAUGUACUUAACAAUCCUUAUAUUUUUUGAACCGG